GCACGUGGUUACACAUUGUUCCAGAGGUUUUUGUUGGAAACGGUAAUUCUCAAAGAAUAAUCAGGACGAGCUGCACAUUUUCUUUCUUCUUUUUUUUUUUUUUAAAAAUUGAGGAAAAUGUACUUUUCACGGAGGGUUCCGCCCAGAAACUCCAGUGGCCGAAUUUUCUAGUGUCUCAUACGAGGACAAGCUCCUGAGUGUCUCUCCACUGCUCACAUGUCCACAGUGUGAGUGGGCAGCUCCGCGUACAGCAGCCAGUGUUUGCAUGCUGCGAGUGUCGGAGUAUCUGAUAAAGCUUUGGUUGGGUGUUUCUCUUUAAUUCUGCGGCAUCUCUCUCGCUGUAUGCGGGCCUGCUGCUGUGGAGAGGAGGGCGGGCCGUGAACACAAUGAGCAGAUUUCGGACAGUAAACUAACUGAUGUCAUGCGACAAUGUACGGAGCGCGGACUUUGGGGGGAUUUCAGUGCGCAGCUCGCAUAACUUGGUUUGCAUUGAUUGAAUUUGGGGGGAAUGGCAUGCAGAGCUUCAAGUUGAACAUAUAGGCCUGGUCUGCUGUCUGAAGACUGACCUCGGGUAAACCCUCACAGGCUCCGGGGGGGGGACUUUGGAGAUAUUCUGCAGAGGUGUUUUUGCGCAGCACGGAAACUCAACGCCAAGGGGAUGAUCUCCCAAUCAGCUGUUAAGAAGUGAAACUACGAUCAUAAAGGACACAUAGGCAGCCACUGUGUGUGUGUAUAGCGGUGCAAGAUGAUGUCACUGAUAGAUCUGGACGAUGAUCAGCGAUGGGUGCCCACUCAUGUGAAUGUCACCGUCCUCCGCGCAAGAGGACUGCGAACCAAGGGCAAGCACGGCAGCCGCUACCUCUACACCAUCAUCCAGGUGGGGAAGGAGAAGUACACCACCGGGCUGGUGGAGAAGGCGGAGGUGCCCGAGUGGAACGAGGAGUGCUGCUUCGAGCUCCUCCCGGGGAUCCUGGAGGACGGUGGCCGGGGCGCUUACCCCCCCGGGAGCGGGGAUCUGGUCCUCACCGUCAUGCACCGGGUGCUCAUCGGACUGGACGUGUUUCUCGGUCAAGCUGUCAUCCCUCUCGAUAGGAUAUUUCAGGACGGGAUGUGUCCUCGAGAUGAAUGGUUCAAACUCAACUCUAAGGCAGGGAGGAAGGAGAAGGAACGUGGUGAACUUCAGGUAACAGUGCAGUUCACUCGCAACAACAUGACAGCCAGCAUGUUCGACCUCACCAUGAAGGACAAACCUCGCUCUGCGUUUGGCAAGCUCAAGGAUCGGGUCACAGGGAGGAAGAGGGGGGAUGUGGAGUCUUCCUCGGCCAUUGUGCCAGGCCGGUACGCUGCCCUGUCAGGAACCCUAGGGCAGCCGUUUGGAGAGGUGAGCGGAGGGGCGGUGGAGUCACCAGAUGUGGAGAUAGCCGAGGAGAAGAGGAGCAAGGUGAAAGAUUUCUUCAAAGGAAGGCUGCGCAAGUCAUCUGACACCAGGUCAUGUUCAUCGCUGGCUUCAGAGAGUAGUGUGUCUUCCAUAACCAGUGAUAACCCCGGCCCUCCACCCAGUCUGGACCUACUGUCAGACCCCCCCAGCUCUCCUAUCUACACUAGCAAAGUGAGAGUGGACACCCAUUAUGGAGAGACAGAUUUAGCAAAAAAAGUGCUGACCAGCCAGCACACCACAAAGGUUCUCACGCACAAACGAGCCUUCAGCGACGAAGCUAGUAAGAUCACAACAGCCUUCCCUCGAACAAAUCUUGCAGUGGAGUCUCUCAAGGGUCAGACCAUGACUCAGUCCAAGUCUUCCUUGUGUAUUAAUGGAAGCCAUGUCUACGACUCCGAGCCAUCCACUCCAAAGAGCUCAGGAGCCCACCCGUCCAAGCUGGUCCUGCUGGAGAAGUGCUCCCCGCUCUCUCGCUCCCUGCAGAACCUCACCAAGAAAAGCGAAGACAAAGGUUCCUUUGCCGAAGGCCGAGGCUGGUCCUUUGACAGGGUGAAGAGAGAGGAAAAGGAGGAAGAAAAGGAAGCUCAGGCAUCGUCUCCUCCAAUUCAACAUGGUCAGAUAGGGGGUCAACCAGGGCAGCCAGGCGUCUCCUCUACUGCUGAUUCACCUGACAAAGGGAGGAAGUUAAGAAAGACGUUAUUCUCUGGCGGGAGGAGUGAGUCCCUCCCAGCUAAGUCAGACCUGAACCAGGCUGGUGCGGCAUCUGAGGGGAGGCUCAGAGGCUGGUUUGGCUCCAGUGACUCCCAGAACAAGCCAAGGCUGGAAGUUUCUCCUAAGGUAGAAAGCAGCUCAGAUGUACCCCCUCCCCUCCCUCCUCGCUCCCCUGUACCCCCUCAGUGCUCCUCUCCCUCCAACUCCCCCUCCGGUCAUAUCUCACCUGAUAACAACAAUCACACCAAUCCCUUCACCCCCUCUCCCUCUCCCUCCUCAACCCCCAUCUCCCCGUCCAACCCUUUCCCCUCACGUAUUCAACGCAACCCCUUUUUUGAGGAUCUUGUAGCUGAAGAGUCACAGAGGUCCCCUCCUUUUGCGCCUUGCUCCUCUUCCGGCUCAUCCCCCUUUCAUUACACUACUCUGCCCUCCCAGCCCUGCACAGCCAGCCCUGCUCAUGACGGUAAUGCUACAAAUAUGGCUUUCAUAAAGCGGGAGCGCCCGAGGCCAGUAGCAAGACAGAUAUCUCUCCCUGCAUUACUACCCAAAGCAGCCACACCUAACUCCCCUAACCACUCCGCCCCUCGGUCCAUGUCAGAGAGUGGCGGAGAAUGGGAUGACUCGUUUGAUGCUUUUGCCUCUAGCAGGCUCAACUCACCUAAAGGCGGUCUUCCUCAAAAACAGCUGAGAACCAGUUCACCUUUAUCUCAUAGACAUACAUACCUUCCAGUUAACACCAAUAAUCAUGCACAAGAGCUGCAAACAUGUGAAGAGGAGCCUCCACCUUUGCCUCCACGGAGAUUUUUAAGAAAUUCAGUGAACGAAAUUUACUCAGACGGCUGGCUGCACAGAGGUCAAGAACUGGCUGUCCAUAAAGAAGCCUACCUCCUCUCACAGACCGGCGUGGCCUCACUGCAACGUGGAAGAGAAGGAGAAUGCAAAAGAAACAGUAUAUCUCCAGACGCUCACACAAGCAGCGAGACCUCUGACUCCCUCAGCGUUAACUCACAACCAUACACAAAUAUUACUUCACCAGGUUUUGUGUCUGAAGAAAAGCUUAAAAAGUUCAAAUAUGAACCUUUGGAAGAUGAAACUGACUGCUGGGGAGGGAUGUUGUUUGAGCAAGACUUGUAUGGACGUGUAUGUAGAGGAAACUAUGAACAACCAAAAGUAAACACUCAUCAUUUACCCGUGAAUGCUGAAGAAACUUCUGAAAAUAAGAUCACAUCUUUGAACUUAGGACCCAAAAUGGUUCUCAAUAGUGAGAUAUCUGUUGCAAACCUUUUGAACUUGUCAUCUACGACUCCCACAAAGCCAGACGCAGAGGUACUAGAUUUUACAACCGGUCCAGUAGAGGAGACAGAGUCUGAUCCACCUGAAACGACAUGCAUCAACAAUAAUGUUUCUUUUUCACUAACCUUAGGAGAUCUGAACAUGAAUGUGAAUAAUUCAGAUUUCAGUUUUAUUGAUUCCGAUGGCUCUUCGCAAUCAGAGGUAGUUGAUACUCGCAAAGGCAUCAACAGUUUUGGAGCCACCUUUCAACAGCCAGAAGAUUCACUGAUAGCUGCUUACCAUUCAGAGACAGUGACCACACCUCAGGAUAUCUUCACUUUGAAGGACACCUACAUACCUGAGAUGAACUCUUCCUUUGAAAUAACGUCAUCAUCAACCAAACUGUGCAAAGUCUCUCCAGUUUGCCAAGAGAACUGCAAAGACUGUCCAUGUGAACUAAAUAACGUAGCACCGCGUGGUAACCCCAGAGAGAUUCUUGCUUUGUCGUCUCAAAAUCCACUUGAUCUUGAAUCCAGAGAAGAUAUACCAAAACAUGUUGAUGAUUUUAAAAAGACACAAAAGGACUUUGAUGAUAAUGGAAACCUACAAGCUGAAAUAGGCACACUUGAUCAGAAGGAGUCAUUUCCUGGUGUGGUUAGUGCACGUUUUAGACCAAAAGGAGUAUCCCGACAGAACAGCAGUGGCAGCCCAAACAACCAACGCAAAAGUGGAGACAGAGAGUUUGAGCAGUUGUUGUCUCUCGUUCAAAAUAUUUCCAGAGUCAGUGAAGGACCAUUGUCAUACCAGCCCACUAAAUCAGCUCUUUCUACAUUACUGGCAUUUAAUAAACAGACCGAUUUGCAAGGAGAUAGCACAGACAAAGACCAAACAUAUCACAAUGACUCUAAUUCAGCAUCACAAAUGUCUGCAAAAGACAACUCAAUGCCUCUUCUUUCAGAAAAUUGUGUAACAGGAAAAACUUCUGACAUCAGUUUUGAAGACCUCCAUGCAAAAGUAGCACCAAACACGAGAACCCCCUCAAAGUCAAAGAUUGGGCAAUCUUUGCAGGAGCCUGAACCCUCUUCUCCCUCCAUCCCUUGUGCACUCUCCCUGUCAGCUGAUGCACAGGCUACGCUCCACCCUACCCCUUUCUGUUGCCCCUCCAUACAUCCCCCGAGCAUGGGGCCCAGUGCUGGAGGAAGCACUACUCUGGUUGUGGCCCCCUACACCUCCUCCUCUACCACCUUCACCACUGACCAGCCCCUGGUCGAUGCACGGCACUCACUUUUGCCUGAGGAGACACAGCCAGCUAGCAACCUGCCCCAUCAGGAGAGCAGACCUCAUCCAGUGAAGCCAUUAACCUCCAGCCAGUCAGAAAAGAAGGAGGGUCGAUCGGUUCUGGAGAAGCUUAAGUAUACCAUCCACCCUGGACGCGGCGCCCACCAGGUUGCAGCAGAACCUGAGAAGAGUCAGGAGGUGACAGUGGAUAACUCGGCCCAGUACCAGCACCUGACCAACAUGGAGCUGAUCUCCCUGCUGCUGCAGCAGGAGAUGGACAUGCAGAAGCAGCAGGCAGCCUCUGAGCAGCAGGAGGCGCAGCUGCACAAAUGUGAGGCUGAGCUUAAAAAGGUCAAGUUACAAGUUCGAGAUCUGGAGGACUAUAUUGAUAAUCUUCUACUGCGGAUCAUGGAGCAGACGCCCACGCUGCUUCAAGUGCGCACUAGACACAAGUGAGGACAGUGCUAGUGUGUGUAUGGUGUAUUGCACGUGAUGUAUGAUCCUCUAGAAUACUGUUUCCACAAGAGAGGUGCAAAACACAGGGUUGUUAUUUAAGAUUGGGAAUCAUUGUUCUAGAGGCAGUCAAAUAAAUACUCCAAAAAUCUGAUCUCACAACCAUCCAGGUCUUCUCACUGCUAAUACUGCCCUGUUGAUGUUGACACGAUAUUACCAAACAUGCAUGCUGGUUACUAUCCCAAUUUGGCACGAACAGAAAACAGAACAAAGCACUAUGUGAAAUAGCUUCUAUCAAAACGGAUGCAAAUUAUUGUUUUACCCAUGCUUACUAGAAUAAUUUAAGGUAGUCAGCUGUUGUCAAUUUAAACAUUGAACUCACUGCUUUCACACAUGCAUAAAAUAAAUAAACAGGCUAGACAAAAACACUUUCUGAAAGUGCAUUUAAUGUGCUUUUUGGAGAUUUAAGUAGUUCCUCUAGCAAAAUAUGAUGUUAGCUCAAGUACCCUUAAAAUUGCAAAAACAACAUUUUGACACAAGAUUUUCAACUGAAACUGUUUUACAAAAUGCACAAGGGUUAACUUGAGUUAAUUACAUAUUUUCAGGUAGGCUUUAAGAAAUGCUACAAAAAUAGCAACACAUCAUAAAAUGCUGCGCCGCAAUGUGAAUAAUAUAAAGAGAGAUGUUUCUGCAUUAACAUUGCUAUAUGGUAAAAAACAAUGUUCAUAUGUGUGCCAGAAAAGACUGAAGAGGAUGAAGACUUAAUGUUUGCACUUUGUGUCUUUGUUUUGUUUUUCAUUUGUACAAAAUACUGUGUUCAUCACAUUUUUAUUACGCGCUAAAGUAUUAAGAAUGUUUUAAUAUAUUUUUUAUUUUUUGUUGUCCAUUUUUGCAUUUUAUUUGUUGAGCAACAUUUUACUGUAGAAAUAACAACGCAUCAAUGCAGUAAAUAAGCGUAUUGUAAGUUAUUUCUAUAAAAUACUUUUGUCAUGAUAAUAUAUUCUCUAGUAUCACUCUAGUACCACUGUAGCUACUUGCAAUGCUUUACAUGACCGCAGUACUGUACUGUAAUAAAAUAAAGUGCACAUGAA